GUUUCGCAUAUAUUUUCAUCUCUAAGCUUCCCACUCUCACCUUUUCGCGCGCCGUCGUCGUCUUCUUCUUCUUCUUCUUCUUCUUCAACCAGACUCCCCCAGAAAGCUCAAAGAUGGCGGAACAGACGGAGAAGGCUUUCCUGAAACAGCCCAAGGUGUUCCUCAGCUCCAAGAAGACUGGCAAGGGGAAGAGGCCAGGAAAGGGAGGCAAUCGCUUCUGGAAGAGCGUUGGUUUGGGAUUCAAGACUCCCAGAGAUGCCAUUGAAGGAACAUACAUUGAUAAGAAGUGCCCUUUCACCGGCAAUGUCUCCAUCAGGGGUCGCAUUCUGGCUGGUACCUGCCACAGUGCAAAGAUGUCGAGGACUAUCAUUGUUCGGCGCAAUUACCUCCACUACAUAAAGAAAUACCAGAGAUAUGAGAAGAGGCAUUCAAACAUCCCAGCCCAUGUUUCACCAUGCUUCCGUGUGAAGGAGGGAGAUCAUGUCAUCAUUGGGCAGUGCAGGCCAUUGUCAAAGACGGUUAGGUUUAAUGUGUUGAAGGUCAUUCCAGCUGGGGCUUCUGCUGGUGGGAAGAAGGCAUUUACUGGAGCUUAGACAGCAUUUUGGGCGGUCUCUUAGUGUUAUUUAUGCAACUACAUUAGAUUGAGUUUCUUUUGGAACAUUUAAAUUUUGCCAUUUUAAUUUGCACCUUCAUGUACUCUGAAUGUUAAGGUUUUCUUCAGUACCAUAAUUUACCAUAAUUCUGAAUCAUAUUAUCAUCAAAA